AUGGAGAAUCUCUUCACGCCUUCGGUCAACAUUGAACGCGGCCUUUCGCCGAUGCAACUAGCAACGAAGCUCAACGGCGAAUUAAACGCAACGAUAGGCCGGACGCGCAUCUGCGGCCCCGCUGAACCAGGUCCGAGCCUGGCCAUCAUGAAUGAAAUACUGCAUCUCUCUGAGGUGCAUUAUCAGAUUCGACGAGCAUGGCACACACAACCCGCCUCCUCACUGCAACAGGAUUUCGCCGCGACCCUGCAACAGUGGCAGGAUGCCUUGCCCAGCUACCUUCGGCUGGCGCCGGAGAAUUUUGAAUACCAUCAAGAGAGACUUUCCCUUCGAAGAUAUGCGUUCAUGCAUCUGCUUCAACUGCAUCUGCGACAUUUACUUCUGUUUAAGCAGCUAGAAUGGCCACCGACUAUACAUAGCACAGCUACGAGGGACCCGUCUGCAGUUGAAGCAUAUGAGCACGCGUCUCGUAUCACAAGUAUUGUGAACUGGCUCUGGCAUACAUCACAGCUGGAGAUGCACAACGCCAGCUUUGGGCAAAUUGUGACAAUCGCCCAAGUCAUCCAUAUACAUCGGCUCCUAUCUUCCACGGACGCCGAUACAAUCAAUUCGACCCAGUCUGAAAUUACCGCUUUGCAGGAAUAUUUACUGCGGUGCCUCAUUGAUCUGCUUCACGACCUUGACGCAUGA